UAGUUAUCAGGUGGAUACUCUCAAGGUCACUGUGGCGUCGGUCAAAAGUCGUCGAUAAAUGAAAAAUCUAUUCAUUGGAAAGUCGAUUAAAACGAAGGCAACUCAUUGUUUGGUAUAGAGGAACGUGACUAUUGAUACUUGGAAAAUUCCAUUAGGAUGAUAAGAUUGUUUUCCCACAUUAACAAUAACUCUAUCAUUAAUGAGAAUCUUAUCAUCAUAUUCAUUGAUGCAAACCUGUUUACUUGUCGCUUAAGUUUGUUUGCUGAAGUGGUCGGACAAUAAUAAUUCUAAAACGAUCUCAUUAUUUGAAAAGCUAACUUACAUAUUAUAAGAGAUCUCAACGAACAAGUGAUCCGAUAAAAAUAAUAUGAUCCGCUAAUCCUAUCAAAGAAGACCCAUCAGACUUUUAAAACAUUAGAGGAUACUUCAUGUGAGGAAGCUCUAAGGAGCUGAGAAACAGUCGAAGAUAUCCCAUCUAAUCAUCUUUUGGAAGAAUAUUCCAAAAUCCUUACAUGUAGCUUCCUUUUAAGUUGGCAAAAGCUGGAGACAAUGACCAGGUGAAACAUACUGGUAUAAUAAAUCAUCAGUGUGAGCGUUUCAAAUGAUCAGCAAUGACAGAAGAUCAGUUUAAAUGUCUUGUUUUUAUAUGCAGCUUGCAGUCACUUGAAGAUGCCGACAUGAGAACCAAAAUUCUCAGUAAAAUUAAACAAUGUCCAAAUAUAACGCUACAUGAAGUGAAUUUAAAACAUGACAUUUCUAUGAUUAAAAACAGUGACGAUGGGUUGAAAAAAAAAAAACACAACCAAAGUCAACCAGUGACUGGACGAGAAUCACUGUGUAAUUAUUCCGAACAAUCAGCAUACAAAAUUGUCGUCAUCGUCAUUAUCGUUAUCGUAUUUCGAGAUUACUAGCAGAGCUUAAGAGCUGAAUCUAACGUUCAAUCAAAAGACAUAUCACUUCAUGAUCAAUUUAUAUGUGAAUCAUUAGAUUAUUGACAAUAAAUAAAUGGAUACUUAUCUUGUCCAAAAAAAGAAAGAAAGAAAGAAAAUGACAGAGAUCAUAAUAUACACAUAUCAAUAAAAGACACAUUGAACAAAAGAAGUUAUAAAGUAAACAUUACCAUCUAUAUGCACAUACAUACACACGCACACACAGAGAAACAGAGGGAGGGAAUGAGAUAAAGUGGUGAUGGUGGUUGUGGUGAUGAGGGGAUUCAGAAAGAGAAUCACAAAUGAUUUCAAUUAAUCUCAUUUCAUUAUUCGUUAUAUUACCAUGAAUUAAUCGUAUCCAUUUGUUUUAAACAUCUAUUAUAAUGUGUCCAAAAUAAAGCUAAAUCAGUUGAAGCAAUUAAACGUUGACUAUGGAUUGGACAAAAAAAAUUAUUACAUAACCAUAUAGGAUCACAUGUAAUACCAUGAUGGAUUGUACAAUAUGAACAUAUUGUCUCUAAAUGAUUCAAUUGGGAUUGUACAUGAUGAAUCUACAAAUAAGAUAGAAAACGAAAUGAAUGAAAAUAUAUGUAGAAAUAUAAUUAGUAUCAG